AUGCCUGGAGUAGGUGUGACUCCUCCAAAAAGAGAGGAUUCAAAAAAGGACGAAGAUGGAUCCAACAAAGGACCAUCGCCUUAUGAUCUGAGCGUUAGCGACAAUCCUGGAAACGUAAUCACACAAGUGCAAUUACAAGGAGAGAACUACGAAGAAUGGGCUCGAGCUGUGAAGGUGUCGCUACGUGCUAGGAGAAAGUGGGGGUUUCUAGAUGGAACUCACAAGAAACCACAAGAAGGGGCAUCUGAAAUGGAGGAUUGGUGGACGGUUCAAUCCAUGCUUGUCUCAUGGGUGAUGAAUACAAUUGAGCCACAGCUGUGCUCCACCAUCUCAUACACUGAAGAUGCAAAGGAUCUCUGGGAAGAAAUCAAGGAGCGAUUUUCCAACGUGAAUGGUCCUAGAAUUCAACAAUUGAAAGCUGAACUUGCCGAGUGCAAACAACAAGGACUGGCUAUGGUGGAAUACUAUGGAAAACUGAAGACUCUUUGGGAUGAGUUGGCAAACCAUGAACCAGUGCUUAGAUGCUCUUGCGGAGGCUGCAAGUGUGACAUUGGGUCACGAUUAGAUAAGAGAAGGGAAGAAGAAAAGGUGCAUCAAUUUCUAAUGGGGUUAGAAGACGUAAGCUAUGGCACAGUGCGAUCUAAUAUUCUCGCAACGGAUCCUCUACCUUCUCUCAACAGGGUGUAUGCAACUUUGGUACAGGAAGAGAGAAUGAAGAUGAUCAGCAGAACCAAGGAAGACAAAGGAAGCUUAAUGGGACUGGCAGUACACACUGGGUACAAGCACAAAAGCCGAAAUGAAAUAAAGCCACUCGUAUGUUCUCACUGCGGAAGAACAGGACACGAGAUCAAGGGGUGCUUUCAACUGAUUGGGUAUCCGGAAUGGUGGGGAGAUCGAUCUCGAGACGAAAAGGGAAGCAACACCAAGACCUCGCAUAAGCAGGGAGGACGCUUGCGAGGGGGGGCUGUCAUACGUGCCAACACAGCACAAGCCACAACAGAAAAAUCAAGUAACCAUGAAGAAGAAAUAGGAGGAAGCGCAGUGACUGGACUUAGCCAAAAACAAUGGCAGACGCUGUUAGAGAUGCUAAAUGGCAACAACGGAAGUAGAACUGAAAGCAUGACUGGACCUCAUUUCGAGGAUGCUGAUUGGAGCGGGUGA